UUGUGAUGAUACGUAACAGACGUACGAAGAGUAUUAAUCGAUCUAAUUAAAGGAGUAAUAAUUGAUUUAUGUCGCGUCAGUUUCAAGGAGCGUUAGCAACUACCUCGGAACCUUCUCCCAGUCCCGGUGUAUCGUAUCUAACGAAAAAUUUGAAUGGUUGUGAAUAUUACAGCUGCACACAGUGUUCUCUCGUAUCGCUGGACCAAAAUGCAAUCGAACAACACGUACGUGGAGACGAUUCUCCCAAUAAUUGCCGAAAGAAAUCGAAGUUACAGUGCUUUGGAUGCGCGAAUAUAUUCUUCGCGGAAGAUUCGUUGUUAUCGCAUGCCAUACACGACCAUCAGAUGACAGAAUCUUGCGCAGCAACUUUGAUCAGAAAAUUGAAUGUCCACAAUGAAAAAAAGAAUUCAACUGAACAGAGUGGAAUAAACAAUGAAAAUACAGAUAUCAAGGCAGUGAGUGGCAUAGAGAUCCCACAGAAAUCAUUCUUGCAAUCUUCGAAAUCUGAUGUAAUCACUCGUGAACCUGAAAUUGAUAAUCGAAGGCUAGACAUUUCGAUUCCCCUCGAGCAAGAGAUUAUAAAUGACUUGAAUGACUGUGAAAAUGAUUCUGAUGAGGAUGAGGACUACAAGGCUUCAGAAAUACCCAAGAACUGUAUAGAGAAGCAGAAUUCCAGAAAGAAGAAGGAUGUUAGAGUUCUGGGGUUUAAGUGUGGGACUGAGAGCUGCAAUGUUCGUCUGCUGGCAGAAGAGAACAUUUCGUACCACAAGAAGUGUCACAAUGCUGAGGCGAAAGGAGAGACAGAGGCCUUCAGGUGUCCAGAGUGCCAAGAGUUCCUUUCCAACCGUUGGAGCACAAUGGCUGGUCAUUUGUGGCGGUCACAUCUAGUUGAUAUGGAGCUGCACACCUGUGACUUGUGCAACUACAAAACUCCUAGUCUGAGUAAAUUGAUUCAUCAGCAUCGAGGGAUUCAUGGAAAUGAGAGGCCUUUUGUAUGUGAGUUCUGUGGGAAAGGCUUCAAGACUUCUAAGCAAUUGAGGUCUCACAAGACAUCACACAAGUCAGAUGAUAAGAACACUUUUCAGUGUGACAAGUGCCAAAGAGUAUUUAAGACUUGUAGAUUACUGAAAUUACAUGGUAAUUCAGCGCAUAAAGACUGUAAACCGUUCACUUGUAAUUUUUGCGAUUACUCUGCUGCUACGAGGAGCGGAUUGAAGCUUCAUUUAAGGAGACAUACAGGAGAAAAGCCUUUCUCAUGUGAUCAAUGUGCCUACUCCACUGGAGACCAUAACUCUCUAAGAAGACAUAAAUUACGUCACUUGGGAUUAAAACCCUAUAAUUGUCCACACUGCAGUUAUGCCUGCAUACAGUCUUCCACGUACAAAGUUCAUUUGAAGAACAAACAUCCAGGUCUAGAUGAGGGUAUAAUGUUCUCCUGCCAGUACUGCCCCUACCGAACGUUAAAACGAGAAAAAUUAUUGACUCAUAUCACGAAGCAUACAGAAUUCUCAAGAGAUGGCACACGAAAUGCCAAAGAUUGAAAAAAAAUGUAGAAUCAGUCCAAUCGUGAUUUAUUAUCAUCUGCGGAUUUCAACCGAACAUACACAGUGAAAAAAUCUUUCUCAUUAUCCAUCUUUCGAGCUCUGCUGAGUCUCCAUCCAAGUUCGUUCAAUUUUCCAUCGAAGGGCAGUGGAUCUGUGCAACGAUUCUGAUCUUUAUCAGGUCCAAUGAUGAAGAUUACUCUGCCAGAGUAAUUUUUCAUGUAAUCGUAAAAAGCAUCGCCAUCAUUGAAAUAACAAAAUAACAUCGCGUAGUUGGAUGGAAUGUCAACAGUAGAAUUAUCUUCACUGAUAAACAUGAUUUGGUUCAGGUACAUUGUGGGUGAGUACUUGCUCUGCCACCAACAUUUGUCUGCUUCUACUCCAAUUACGUCGCAUUCUUUAAUUCAAAUUCAAUUGGACUAUUUCAUUAUCGAAUUCAGUAAUGCAGUGAUGAAAAGAGAUAACUCUUGGAUAAACAGUAAAUUAUUUUAUAAAUAUCUUCGGAAGGAGGAAAUUCUAAAGAACGUUAUUAAAGGAUCUUUGUCGUAGAGAAUUUCAGGAGGUUUGGGAAGGUUUGGGGAGGUUUGGGAGCUUUUUCCUCCAAACCGUUUGGUUUCAAAUAUAUUUCAAGGAAUUUUCAUUUUCUUUGCGAUUAAUUUUCUUUUUAAUUCAAAAUUCAUCAAUUUAAAAACUUAAAAUUAAAUUAUUUUACGAUCUACUUCAGUAACGCAAUGUUAUCAUGAAAUAACUCUUGAACCAUUACGAUGAUUUUGAAAAUAUUCCUUAUGUAAAGAAAUUAUUGAAUUGUAGAAAAGACUUUGACUUCUUUCCAUAAAUCCACGAGUUCUGGAGAUUUUUUUUUCAAAAUAAUGAGAUGCAUAAUUCACCUUCUCUUGCAAUCAAUUUAGAAAAAUCAAAUUGAAGAAUCUCAUUACCGAAUGAAGUAAUGUAUUGAUAAAAGAAAAUAAUUCCUGAAAUAUCCGCCAAUUAUUGCGCAAAAAUCUCUGUAAGCAAGAGAUCCAGAGAAAUUAAUCAAGAGAUCUCUUGAGAAAAUUUAAUGAAUUCUGAAAAGUUCUCAGAAUGAUUUGAAUGAAAUUUUUGAACUCAUCUAUUAAAGAGUCAAUCUGUUGCAUUUUUUACAUAAUAAAAAGUGGUUUUAUCUGA